ACCCAGCGGUAAGGCAUGCUGGGGGUUGUAGUUCUUCGGAGGCGAGGUCUGGCCGCUCCCUAGCCGCCUUGGACCGGCGGCUAGACUGCGCAUGCGUGUCAGUGGCGUUAGCAGCAGACCCGGCUGGCAGUUCCUUCCUCGGAAGGAGAUAUUCUUCUGCCAUGGAGUCCUACGAUGUGAUCGCCAACCAGCCUGUCGUGAUCGACAACGGAUCCGGUGUGAUUAAAGCUGGUUUUGCUGGUGAUCAGAUUCCCAAAUAUUGCUUUCCAAACUAUGUGGGCAGACCCAAACACGUUCGUGUCAUGGCCGGAGCCCUGGAAGGUGACAUCUUCAUUGGCCCCAAAGCCGAGGAACACCGAGGGCUGCUCUCCAUCCGCUACCCCAUGGAGCACGGCAUCGUCAAGGACUGGAACGAUAUGGAGCGCAUCUGGCAAUAUGUCUAUUCUAAGGACCAACUGCAGACUUUCUCAGAGGAGCACCCUGUGCUCCUGACGGAGGCACCUUUAAACCCACGGAAAAACCGCGAACGAGCUGCUGAAGUUUUCUUCGAGACCUUCAAUGUUCCAGCCCUUUUCAUCUCCAUGCAAGCUGUGCUCAGCCUUUACGCCACAGGCAGGACCACAGGUGUGGUGCUGGAUUCUGGGGACGGCGUCACACAUGCUGUACCCAUUUAUGAGGGCUUUGCCAUGCCCCACUCAAUCAUGCGCAUCGACAUUGCUGGCCGAGAUGUCUCUCGCUUCCUUCGCCUCUACCUGCGGAAGGAGGGCUAUGAUUUCCACUCAUCUUCUGAGUUUGAGAUUGUCAAGGCCAUAAAAGAAAGAGCCUGCUACCUGUCCAUAAACCCGCAGAAGGAUGAGACACUAGAGACGGAGAAGGCUCAGUACUACCUGCCCGACGGCAGCACCAUUGAGAUUGGUCCUUCCCGAUUCCGGGCACCUGAGCUGCUGUUCAGGCCAGACCUGAUUGGAGAGGAGAGUGAGGGCAUCCACGAGGUGCUGGUGUUUGCCAUCCAGAAGUCGGACAUGGACUUGCGGCGCACGCUCUUCUCUAACAUCGUCCUCUCGGGAGGCUCCACCCUGUUCAAAGGUUUUGGUGACAGGCUACUGAGUGAAGUGAAGAAACUGGCUCCGAAAGACGUGAAGAUCAGGAUAUCUGCACCUCAAGAGAGACUGUAUUCCACAUGGAUUGGGGGCUCCAUCCUUGCCUCCCUGGACACCUUUAAGAAGAUGUGGGUCUCCAAGAAGGAAUAUGAAGAAGACGGUGCCCGAUCUAUCCACAGGAAAACCUUCUAAUGUUGGGACAUCAUCUUCACCUCUCUCUGAAGUUAACUCCACUUUAAAACUCGCUUUCUUGAGUCGGAGUGUUUGCGAGGAACUGCCUGUGUGUGUGAGUGUGUGUGUGAGCGCGUGGAUACGAGUGUGUGCGCAUAUGCGAGUGCCGUGUGGCCCAGGGAUCCCAGGGCCCAGAAAGGACGAUGAACUACCCAUGAUGGUGAUGGCCUGAGGCCUGGGGUUGACCACUAACUGGCCCCCAACAGGGAAGAGUGCUGGCAGAGGGCCACUUCGUCAGCUGGGCCUUUGGCCUGCUGUGUGGGACUAUGUUUACUACCAUAGGGAGACAGAGAAGGUAAAUCCUGGGAGACCUUGCUGCUGCCCAUCCCAGGCUGGGCUAGCCCCACCCCGUCCCACCCCCAGGGUGCCCUGAGGCCCAAGGCAGCCGCUGCAUCCCUUGCUGGGCCUUCUGCUCUUGAUGCCAAUCAAUCAUGGACUGAGGACUGGGGCCAGGGUUGAGUUCUGUCUGGUUUUGUUGCAAUUUGGGUUCAGGAGUCUGGAAAAGCACUCCAGGAGCUGUUACUGAGACUCUGGGGUCAGGAGACGGCAGGGUCCCCUCAACCUCACUUGGGGACCAGUACCACGCUGGGCAUUCAAAGAGGCAGGAGUAGUGCUACUUCUGGUUGGUGGCAGAGCGAACACCCCAACCCUCAGCCCCUGUCCAGGGGGGUCUCGGGAGAGUUUCAGGAGCCUGUCAGCCCCAGGCCCUGUUACUUGCUUUUCAUCCAUCCUUGGGCAAUGCCAUCUUCAGUUUUAUUUAUUGAAGUGUUUGUUCAGUAUGGGACUGGAGAGAGGGAGCUCAUCGCCUCCUGCCCACCAGUCACCCUGUUCACACUAAUGUUUACAGCACCUCAGUUUAGCAUAGCGUCCAGGGCCCCGCCAUUCCCUGCUAAUGGUGAACCGACAGUAUCCACAGGCCUCGGGCCUAUUUAGGAUCAGAGGCUACAUUCAAAGUCACUACCGCCAGCCUCUUUUUUCCUCUUCCUUUUGCUCACUUCCCUGGAAUCAACAGGCUGGUUGCUGGUUAGAUUUCUGAAACAGGAGGUAGAAUUGCUCUUUGGCAGAGGCCCCUAGCAAAGGAGGGAUACUGGGGAUCCAGCGCUCUUAGGACUAGAGAAAGAGCUGCAAUUAACCAGGUUGCCUUUUCCCACUCUAGCUGACCCAGGGGGGUAGGCUGUAGAGGAGAGAAGGCCCCCACUGGGCUGAUGUGUGCCAUUCGUAAUUUUGGACUUGUCUAGUUAAGGAGGGAGGGGGCCAGACCAGAGUGCCAGGAACUAAUGGGCCUAGGCUCAUCUCCUCUCCAGUGGGGCCCGGUGCCUACCCUGGACUGGGCUGGUCUAGCAGUGUCCAAAAAGUCUCCUCAGCCCAGAUGUGCAAAGCUGGGGCUAGCAGAUCUUCACCGGCACCCUCACCUGUGACACCGAGACCCGCCCCAGUCCCAGAUUCCAGGCAGCACUCCCCCCAUGCCGUCCAACGACCAAAGGCCCUGCCAGGUAUGGGCCACAGCAGCAGGUGUGUGUGAAAGCGAUGUGGCGACCCGCAGACUGCAGUGUGCUUAACCAGCUCACCUCCCUUCUCUUAGCCCAAGCCUGUCCCUUGCACAAACCACGUUGCCUGGUGGGGCCCAGUGUACUUAAAUAAAGUCGUUCCAAUAGA